UUCAAGUGUGCGAAAACUCUCUCCGUAGAAGAAGAAGAAGAAGUACAACUACUCGCAUUGACAGUUUUGGAAAUCAGAAAAUCUCUUUGACUGAAAGGAAAGGAAGAAGAUAUGGGAAUCGUUGAUCAUUUCUCCGAUUACUUUGAUUGCUCCGGCGCCAGAACUCCAAAACACAAGAAGAAGAAGCAAUUUCAGACCGUGGAGAUGAAAAUAAAGAUAGAUUGCGAAGGUUGCGAAAGGAAGGUGAGGAGGUCGGUGGAAGGAAUGAAAGGAGUUCAAUCGAUUGAAAUAGAGCCUAAGCUUCACAAGCUCACAGUGACUGGAUACUUGGAACCGAAAAAGGUUGUGUCACGAGUUGCCCAUCGCACCGGGAAGAAGGUGGAGCUAUGGCCCUAUGUCCCAUACGACGUGGUUGAGCACCCUUAUGCACAGGGUGUCUAUGACAGGAAGGCUCCUGCAGGGUACGUGAGGUACUCUGAGGAUCCUCGCACGUCGCAGCUGGCGCGUGCGAGCUCCACUGAAGUGCGUUACACCACUGCAUUCAGUGAUGAGAACCCCGGGGCAUGCACUAUCAUGUAAAGGUAGUAGAUAUGUUUGUUUUGAUUAUGAAUGGGACUUGUAGAUCUGUUUGUAUUGAUUGUUGAUUUUGCUUGGAACACAAAGAAGUUUUUUUUGUAAUGGUUCAUUAUUAAAGUGUGGUAUUUUGCAUGUAAGUGAAUUUGUUGUAUGUUAAUGUUUAUUCCAUACAUACAUGUGAUGUAUGUUUAA